AUGGAAUGCAACAGAGAUGAAGCCCUCAGGGCAAAAUCACUUGCGGAGGAAAAAUUAGAUAACAAAGAUUUCACCGGUGCCAAAAAAUUUGCCCUAAAGGCUAAGACCUUAUACCCGGGGCUAGACGGCAUCACCCAAAUCUUGACCACACUCGACGUCUAUUUAUCUGCCGAGAACAAAAUAAGCGGGGAAACUGACUGGUAUGGGCUCCUCAACGUGAGCCCAUCAGCUGAUGAUGAAACAAUAAGAAAGCAGUACCGUAAAUUGGCCCUUAUGCUCCAUCCUGAUAAAAACAAGUCUGUUGGUGCAGAGGGUGCUUUUAAACUCAUCUCCGAGGCCUGGAGCUUGUUAUCCGAUAAGGUUAAGAGAUUGGCUUACAAUCAGAGGAGGAGCUCCAGAGGACUCCAGACCACGGUCCAGAUGCAAACUGGUGGGCCGUCCGCCCCUCCAAAGGCAAACGGGUUCUUUAACUUUGGAAACAAGUCUACACCUGUUCAUAGAUCUCAGAACAAUGUUUCAAAGCCAAAGCCACCCCCUACACAAAGUUCUGCCCAGCCAAAUCCAAGGCGUGAUACUUUCUGGACCAUCUGUCUUAGGUGUAAAAUGCAUUACGAGUAUCUCAAGGUAUACCUCAACCAUACCCUCCUCUGCCCCAACUGCAACGAGGCCUUUGUGGCGUCCGAGACGGCCCCACCUUAUAAUUUCACUAAACCGUUCAGUCAGGCCCCGCCACGUCAGCAGCACAAUGCUCCGCCAAGCAAUUACUCCCACGCCCCUCCCAGUCGUAACAAUGCUUGUGAUCCUGCAAAAAAUUGCCCCCCUCCAAAAAAUUUUCCCGCUGCUCAGAAGUCGGGCCAACCUGGCAUGAACUCGUUUGUAUUCACUCAGCCGCAACAGGAUUUACGCCCUGCUCAAAAGUCAGGCCCACCUGGCACGAACUCGAUCGGAUUCACUCAGCAGCAGAAGGAUUUAUGUCCUGGAAAAGCCAAUGUUGGCCUCACAGACCCCACCAUAGCUGCGAAAGCAGCCAGCGUUGUUCAGCAGGCCCAGGAGAGGGUGAAGAGAGGGUAUAACGAGAUGCAUAGGCCCAUGGGGUGGGAGGGGUUUCAGAAAAAGACGAAGUUAGACGAGAGUAGUAGCAGCAGGCACGGGACGAACAACAUCACAGCCCAUGGCAAUAAUGCUUCUUCUGUUCCUAGGGGCAGCGGGAGUGCACCAGGAUCAAAUUUUUACGGGUUUUCCGGGGUUAACCAUUGGGUGAACCGAAAUCGGGAGCUGACGGCCACUGAAACCCGCACUUUGCUGAUUGUGAAGGCCCGAAAAGAAGUUCUGAACACGCUAAAGUGGUUAGAGGCAGAAACAAAGCCUAUGGAUAAAGGGAAUGAAACGGGUAAAGAGAGCAAGAGGCAGAGACAUGAAGAAACACCAAACGAUAAUGAAUAUGACGAAAAUGGGGGCGCAGAGGGGCCCACGGCAGCAUCCAUGAGCGUUCCUGAUCCUGAUUUUCACGACUUUGACCAAGACAGAUCAGAAGGCUCGUUUGGGGACAAUGAGGUUUGGGCUGCUUAUGACGAUGAUGACGGAAUGCCCCGUUUCUAUGCCCUGGUCAGCAAAGUGGUUUCGCGGUCCCCGUUUAAAUUGAGGAUCAGCUGGCUGAAUUCAAAAACCACGAGUGAAUUCGGGUCCUUUGACUGGGUUGGGUCGGGGUUUUACAAGACCUGCGGGGAAUUCAGGGUGGGAAGGUAUGAGAUCUGCAAAUCCAUAAACUCAUUCUCCCAGAGGGUGAACUGGUCCAAGGGCCCGCGCGGGAGCAUCCUGAUACUGCCUCGAAAGGGGGACGUGUGGGCACUCUACAAGAACUGGUCGUCUGACUGGGACGAAAAUACCCCUGAUGAGGUUAUACAUAAAUACGAUAUGGUGACCGUGCUCGAUGAUUAUAACGAGGAGAAUGGCGUGAGUGUGGCUCCACUGGUGAAGGUGGCCGGUUUCAAGACGGUAUUUCGUCCCGAUUCAUGCCCCGAGACGAUCAGGAGAAUUCCUAGAGAAGAGAUGCUUCGAUUUUCUCAUCGGGUCCCGUACCACUUGCUAACCGGCCUCGAAGGUGCAAAUGCUCCAAAAGGGUGCUUGGAGCUUGAUCCAGCAGCUACACCUUUGGAACUUCUUCAGGUUGUGACGGGAGAGUCGAGAGCCCAUUUAGGCAAGGAGACUAAGGAUUUCUGA